AUGUAUGGAAUAUUUUUACUUAUUUUCUGUUUUUUCUUGUUCGCAGAAGGAAAAUUGCGAGUAGUGGGUGGUUCGAAAGCUCCUCCAGAAUUUGGGAAAUUCAGUGUAUCGCUUCAAAAUAUUACAGGACAUCAUGUCUGUGGUGGUGCUAUUAUUUCACAUAGGCAUUUGGCCACAGCUGCACACUGCGUAUACAGAGCUGAUGCAAAAUAUAUAAAAGUUGUAGUUGGAACUACUGAUUUGGAUUAUAAAGGAUUAAAAUACAACGUAGAAUCAAUACACAUUCAUGAUUGUUAUAACUACACCCUCAAAUUAAACGAUAUAGCAGUUUUAAGAAUAAAUGGGUUAUUUGAUUUACGAAAAGUAGAGAUGAUUAGACUAGAUGAAAAUAAUUUAAAAGAGGGAGAAAUUGUUCAGUUAACAGGUUUCGGAGCUCAAAAGCCUCACGGAGAAUCAAGCCGGAAAAUGCACGCCCUGAAUUUGACAGUAUUCGAUCAGAGUAUUUGUCAAUACGCCAUGCGUUACACGCGAAAAGUUUACGGCAGUAUGUUUUGCACAUUUACAAAAAUUGGCCAAGGAACAUGUCAUGGAGAUUCCGGAGGACCCCUAACCAAGGAUAAUAAACUUGUCGGAAUAGUUUCAUGGGGGAUACCUUGUGCUGUUGGUUUUCCAGACGUUCAUACAAGAAUAUCACAACACGUUCAAUGGAUUCGUAAAAUCAUAGAUAAAAAAGUUUGUAGUUAUUGCAAUUUCGUAAAAACAAAUCUACCUCAUAAAUAA